GUGCCUGCGCGGCGCACGCCGGUGGACGGGGCGGCCAUGCGGGCUGUGGCGGGGGCCGCGCGGGCGGCCGCGCUGGCGCUGCUGCUAGGGGCGCUGCACGGGGCGCCAGCGCGUGGCCAGGAGUACGACUACUACGGCUGGCAGGCUGAGCCGCUGCACGGCCGCUCCUACUCCAAGCCGCCGCAAUGCCUCGACAUCCCCGCUGACCUGCCGCUCUGCCACACGGUGGGCUACAAGCGCAUGCGGUUGCCCAACCUGCUGGAGCACGAGAGCCUGGCCGAGGUGAAGCAGCAGGCGAGCAGCUGGCUGCCGCUGCUGGCCAAGCGCUGCCACUCAGACACGCAGGUCUUCCUCUGCUCGCUGUUCGCGCCCGUGUGCCUCGACCGGCCCAUCUACCCUUGCCGCUCGCUGUGUGAGGCGGUGCGCGCCGGCUGCGCACCGCUCAUGGAGGCCUACGGCUUCCCCUGGCCCGAGAUGCUGCACUGCCACAAGUUCCCCCUGGACAACGACCUCUGCAUCGCUGUGCAGUUCGGGCACCUGCCCGCCACCGCGCCUCCAGUGACCAAGAUCUGCGCCCAGUGUGAGAUGGAGCACAGUGCUGACGGCCUCAUGGAGCAGAUGUGCUCCAGCGACUUUGUGGUCAAAAUGCGCAUCAAGGAGAUCAAGAUAGAGAAUGGGGACCGCAAGCUGAUUGGAGCCCAGAAAAAGAAGAAGCUGCUCAAGCCAGGCCCCCUGAAGCGCAAGGACACCAAGAGGCUGGUGCUCCACAUGAAGAACAGCGCAGGCUGCCCCUGCCCACAGCUGGACAGCCUGGCCGGCAGCUUCCUGGUCAUGGGUCGCAAGGUGGACGGACAGCUGCUGCUCACGGCUGUCUACCGUUGGGACAAGAAGAAUAAGGAGAUGAAGUUUGCAGUCAAAUUCAUGUUCUCCUACCCCUGCUCCCUCUACUACCCCUUCUUCUAUGGGGCCUCUGAGCCCCACUGAAGAGUGCCUUCCCCACCAGCCAGCCAGCCAGCCAUGCUUGCCCUCGGGCCUCACUCCUAUAGCCAGGCUGACCCAGCCCCUGCCAGAGGGUGGUUUCGUUUCACAGAGUUGUUACUGGCACAGCCCCCAAGGGAUGGGCACAGACCCUGGAGCUAUCCUCCCUGACCAAGGGAUCCUGAGGUCCCUGGGGUCUUGGGCCUCUCUUAGCAACAGGGCUUUCUCAUUAGGGGGGUGGGGGGAAGCCCAAGAUCUCAGAAAGUAGGCAGAGUGGGAGGGGGGCUCUAGAAGGUGGUUUCUAGAGUAGAGGUGGUAUCAGCUGCCCUCUGUUGGUGAUUGGGCCCAUCUUGGAAAGGCUGAACUGCUUGGGGGACAAUUCUCCUCUCCCACUGCCCCUUUAUGCAUCUUCACCAUAGCCCCCCAAGAAAAGCACCUGGGGUCUCAAUGUAUACAGCCACACCUGCUGCUUUCCCAGACCUGCGAGUUUCCCUACCCUGAGGCCUAGCACUCUCGCUGGCCUGGAGAGCAAACCCAGCCCAGCCAUAGUGCAGAUCUUUCCCACGGACUCACUUCGGGUUCAGUGCUCAGCCCCCGCAUCUCCCUUUCACCCUGACCAUGAGUAAGUUAUUGCUACUGCUGUGAGGCCAUAGAGGUACUAGACAACUGAUACAAACAGGGUUUGGUUUUUGAUUUUUUUUUUAAGUUUUUAAUUAAAUCAAAGA